UAUCUGCAUGCGCUCGAACCAAUUUUCAAAGCACUUAUUCCACUCGUUUGAUGGCAGAUCCAAAACGGUAUUUUUGAAUGCGUCAACUGCUUCUUCUGGUGACUGGAACCUUUGACCACGCAGUCUGUUUUUAAUUUUCGGGAAAGUAAAGAAAUCAGACUAUAAGGAGGAUGGUCCAAUAAUUCCACGUUUUCUUCCGUUAAAUACUGCCUUGUUCUUUGGGCUGUGUGCGAGCUUGCAUUGUCU